AUGAUCAUUCAGGUCACUGCCUUAACCCGUGGCGAGAAGUGAACUUGGAAGUUGAGAUUUAAUGUUUUUAUAUACUGGCUGUGAUUUUUAGCUAGUCCCGUACGAGGGGUGUUUGGCUCCCCUACGUUUUAAAGUUAUCUUGACUGAUUAAUGCUGUUUUUAUCGUCCUAGAUUAUUUCACCCUUCGCUUCUGCAUUUGAUGGAAAUACAGCGAUGCCAGGAUAAGUGAAACUAAGACAUUCUUAAUAUGAGAUAUGGAACACGUAUACCUCAUAGCUUCCGUGUUUUCCUGUGGACUUUGUAGGCUAAUGAAAAAGAUAGCUUGCUAGACACUGAUCGAAGCGCUCUGGCAUAUAAUAGUUGAAACUGUUGCAGAUUCAUUUGUAUCGCCAUGUCGGAGCGAACCCCACUGCUGCAUUACCGCCUCUCCAACAGUGUCAAUGAGUCGGAAAACCGACCCAGCCCUGCCGGGGUAGCGGCGGCGCAGUCCCCGGCCGUAUCCCGACGGAAGACUGCUAACAACCAGCCACCGAAACUAUCUACGUUCUUUGGUGUGGUUAUACCUACACUUCUUUCCAUGUUCAGUGUGGUAGUCUUCCUGAGAAUUGGCUUCGUGGUGGGCCAGGCCGGGCUGUACCAGGCCAUUGGCAUGUUCUUGGUGGCCUAUUUCAUCAUUAGCAUGACAGUGCUGUCCGUCUGCGCAAUCUCCACCAAUGGAGCGCUGGACGCUGGUGGGGCCUACUACAUGAUCAGCCGAGCCCUGGGGCCUGAGUUUGGGGGCAGCAUUGGGAUCAUGUUCUUUUUCGCCAACGUGUGCGGCAGCGCCCUCUAUGUGCUGGGCCUGGUGGAGGCUGUCAUUGCCACCUUUGGGAUUCCUGAAGAUACAACGGCAGUCGCACGGACCGCCAGUCAGGUCCUGCCCCAGGGGUACUGGUGGUCCCUGCUCUACGGGACAGUCAUACUGUUGCUGUGCCUGCUGGUCUGCCUGGUGGGCGCCCACAUCUAUGCUAAGGCCACCUUCCUCAUCUUCAUCAUUGUCAUUGUGGUGCUGGCCACCAUCUUCGUCAGCUUCUUCGCAGUUAGUCCCAGGCAGGUGCUCCUCCCCCCGUCCCCGCCCAACACCUCCAGCCCCAGCAGUGCCAACUUCACUGGCUUUAAGCUGGACACACUGCUGGCCAACCUUGAGGCUGGGUACACAGUGGACUACACCACGGGAAUCCAGAUGACCUUUGCCACGGUGUUUGCUGUUAUGUUUAACGGCUGCACAGGGAUCAUGGCAGGAUCCAACAUGUCCGGAGACCUGAAAAACCCCAGCUACUCCAUCCCUCGCGGGACCAUCACAGCCGUCAUCUUCACCUUCAUCAUCUACAACCUGCUCAGUGUGCUGGUGGCCUGCUCCUGUGACCGCAUCCUGUUGCAGAGGGACUACAGCUUCCUGCGGGACAUUAACGUGUGGCACCCCUUGGUGACCAUCGGCGUGUACUCCUCCACCCUCUCCGCUGCCAUGAGCAACCUGAUCGGGGCGUCCCGCAUCCUGUACGCCCUGGCGAGGGACGACCUGUUCGGCAAAGCGCUGUCACCGGCCAAGAGGACCUCGCGUAGCGGGAACCCCUGGACCUCCGUGCUCAUUUCCUGGUUCCUCGUGCAGUUGGUGCUGUUCUCCGGGAAGCUGAACACCAUCGCCAGCAUUGUCACCAUCUUCUUCCUGCUGGUGUACGCUGCUGUGGACCUGGCCUGUUUGGCGCUCGAGUGGGCAUCCGCGCCCAACUUCAGGCCAACGUUCCGGUACUUCACCUGGCACACCUGUGUGCUGGGGAUUCUGGGAUGCGCGGUGAUGAUGUUCCUGAUCAACGCCAUCUACGCCUCGGCCAGCAUCGCCUUCAUGCUGCUGCUCCUGCUGCUCAUCCACUACCUGUCCCCCACCAGCAGCUGGGGCUACAUCAGCCAGGCCCUCAUCUUCCACCAGGUGCGUAAGUACCUGCUGAUGCUGGAUGUGAGGAAGGACCAUGUGAAGUUCUGGCGGCCCCAGGUGCUGCUGAUGGUGGCCAACCCCCGGGGCAGCACCAGCCUCAUCACCUUCAUCAACGACAUCAAGAAGAGCGGGCUCUACGUGCUGGGCCACGUGGAGCUGGGAGACCUGGACCUGCUGCCCUCCGACCCCCUGCAGUCGCGGUACGACUCGUGGCUCUCGCUGGUGGACCACCUCAACAUCAAGGCCUUCGUCAACCUGACGCUGGCCAGCUCCGUCAGGCUCGGGGUCCAGCACCUGCUCUUCAUCUCCGGGCUCGGCGGGAUGAGACCCAACACCCUGGUCCUGGGUUUCUACGACGACUGUUCCCCCGAGGACAAGCUCCUGGACCCGGCGGAGGUGACGGGCAACUCCGCGGACGCCCCCGGCCCGCCGCAGGACCCCGAGGACCAGCUGACCUUCGCCUUCCCCUCUCUGCGGGGCGGGGGGGAGGGGACGGGCAAGGGCGGGGCCAAGGCGCUGGGCCCGCAGGAGUACGUGGCGGUGAUCGCCGACGCGGUGAAGAUGCUGAAGAACGUGGCGCUGGCCCGCUACUUCUGCCGCUUCGACCGGGCGGCGGUGCUGGGGCGGCGCGGCGGGGGGGCGGGGCUCUACGUGGACGUGUGGCCGCUCAACCUGCUCCGCCCCGACAGCAGCAGCUACGUGGACACCUGCAGCCUCUUCCUGCUGCAGCUGGCCUGCGUGCUCAACAUGGUGCGGGCCUGGCGGCGCGCCCGGCUCCGCCUCUUCCUGUGCGUGGAGACGGGGCGGAGCCUGCGCGGCUCGGAGGAGAAGCUGCGCCAGCUGCUGAAGGACCUGCGCAUCCAGGCCGACAUCCACACCGUGCCCUGGGACCAGGUGGCAGCGCUGCACUGGCAGCGGCAGGGCGAGGGCGGCAAGGGCGGCAGGAACGAGGAGGACGAGGGCGAGGAGAAGGGCGCGGUGGAGGAGGAGGAGGACGACUACGUCAACAGCUUCCCCAGCAACACCACCCGUCUGUCGGACGAGUACCUGCACGCGGUCAACGCGCUGCUGCAGGGGCAGUCCAGCCCCCCGCCCGCCGUGCGCUUCCUCUACCUGCCCCGCCCGCCCGCCGACACCCGCCGCUACUCGGCCUACCUGCGCCAGCUGGACCUGCUGACCCGCGACCUGGGGCCCACGCUGCUCAUCCACGGGGUCACCCCCGUCAUCACCACUGACCUUUAACCUCCCCGCACUCACCUUCAGCCACUCCGGCUUCAGUGGGGACAGAGAGGUGACAAAAUGGCUGUCUCUGUCUGCUCUGGGUCUGAAGGCGACAGCAGGCAGAUAUGCGCCUCUUUACCUUUUAUCCUCAUUGUUCUGGACCCGGCGUUUUCUUAAUGCAGUUUUAAUGAAAUAAUCAAAAAGCCAAAGUAACAGUAUUUUCUUACGGCAAUCAUGGUUAUCAUGUUGAUGGAGUUCACUCAUGUACACUACAUUCUGUGCAGGGCGUGCUCGGGUUCGAGCCGUCCGUGGGCUUCCUGGCUCUGCGAUCUCUGUCUAGCUGAACUGCAGUACACACAAGGCCAGAAACAAGUUUUAAAAUAUCACAGCACUGUAACGUUUCCAAAAUUGUGUUCAUAUCUUAAAACAAAUAAUUGAAUAAACAAUCUUUUUUUUAAGCGUA